AUGAGCCGCGCGCUCCGCUUGCUGCGCGUGGCGCUCUGCGCGCAGCUGCUGCUGCUGCCGCGCGCGGCGGCGUCCUCCAGCAGGACGGACGCGGACUACGGGGACUACCGCGGGAAGUGGUGCCUCGACGACCACGGCUUCGUGUACGGCCUCGGGGAGGUGUACUACCCCAGCCGCACGGCGUGUCCGUGCACGUGCACCGUGGACGGACCGGUGUGCAUCCGACCCAAGUGUCCGCGCGUCCACCCGCGCUGCACGCGGAUCAAGUACAAGGCGUGCUGCCCGGUGUGUGAGGCCAUGGCCAGAGUUUGUGUCUACGCCGGAAAAACGUACAGGCUCCUGGAGGAGUUCAGGUUGUCGAGGUGUGAGCGAUGCCGCUGCGAGGCCAACAGAGAAGUGUACUGUAGCAUCUCAGACUGCCCGGCUCCGCACUGCGUGAACCCCACCUACGAAGCCAACCACUGCUGUCCCAUCUGUAAGGAUGGUCCCAACUGCUUUGCCGGGAGCCGGGUCAUCCCAGCCGGGGAGCGCGUGAACGUGGACGAGCGCACGGUUUGCUUCUGCACCUACCGGGACGGCACCUGGCACACCCACCCCCACGCCACCUGCGAACCGCGGCCCCAGCCCAGCCCAACGGCCGGCCCCCGCACCGAGUCCCCCAGGGACGAGGACGCCAGGGGCCGAGGGGGGAGGGCCUUCAUCCCCAGACUGGAUCUGAUCCCGUGA